AAAACAAACAGGAUUGAAGUGUGCGCGUCGUGUUCCUACCGGUAUCAGAAGGCCAUGGAAGCGCUAAAUCAAGCUCAGAACUAGAACUCGAGAUGUGCCGAACAGCCUAGAGAGCUGUUCCUUCACUAUUUUACUUUUGUGCCAGAAGGCGCCAUUCACAUUCUGUCGUAAGCCCUUGACCGCCUAAUUCUUAUCCAACCUGUGGUCACCGAGACAUUUCACUUCAUUCCGCUCGAUCCUGUCGCACGACUCUGUGUAGGAAGAAAAUAUGUCGGACCCGAGCAAGAAUCGGCCGAACUACAGUCUCAAGUUUACAUUGGCCGGGCACACUAAAGGUGUGAGCUCCGUGAAGUUCUCCCCGGACGGCGAGUGGCUGGCUAGCAGCAGUGCAGACAAACUCAUCAAGAUCUGGGGAGCUCGCGAUGGCAAAUUCGAGAAAACGAUCUCCGGCCACAAGCUCGGCAUCUCAGACGUCGCCUGGUCGAACGACUCUCGGCUCUUGGUCUCAGCUAGCGACGACAAGACUCUCAAGAUAUGGGAACACACGUCCGGCAAGUGUUCGAAAACCCUGAAAGGCCACUCGAACUACGUCUUCUGCUGCAACUUCAACCCCCAGAGCAACUUGAUCGUGUCGGGAUCGUUCGACGAAUCUGUUCGCAUUUGGGAUGUCAAAACAGGAAAAUGCCUCAAGACGCUACCCGCCCACAGCGACCCGGUGUCGGCGGUGCAUUUCAACAGAGAUGGGAGUCUGAUCGUUUCCUCUUCCUACGACGGACUCUGCCGAAUCUGGGAUACGGCUUCGGGCCAAUGCUUGAAAACCUUGAUCGACGACGACAAUCCUCCCGUUUCGUUCGUCAAAUUCUCGCCGAAUGGAAAAUACAUUCUGGCGGCAACCCUCGACAAUACAUUGAAGCUGUGGGAUUACUCGAAGGGGAAAUGCUUGAAGACCUAUUCGGGACACAAGAAUGAGAAAUAUUGUAUCUUUGCGAAUUUUUCCGUCACCGGCGGCAAAUGGAUAGUCUCAGGGAGUGAAGACAACCUCGUGUACGUAUGGAAUCUUCAAUCAAAGGAAGUAGUGCAGAAGCUUUCGGGCCAUACCGACGUUGUUCUCUGCACCGCUUGUCAUCCCACAGAAAACUUGAUCGCUUCAGCGGCUCUGGAAAACGACAAAACCAUAAAGUUGUGGAGAAGUGAUACUUGAUUACAGAGAGACAAGCGAAACCGAUGUUCAUUCAAAUAGGAUCAGGUGAAAUAAGGGCGAACGACGAGAGGAAAUAAUAAAUUC